GCAGCAUCGUUUGGCCGCGGCUUGUCUGACUGAAGAGGCAUGUCGAGCAGUCAUUGGCUGAGACGAUAUGCGGUGGGGCACCCGGCACAGCCUCCUUCAACUCACGCGCGGCAGACGCAAGUUUCCCACUCUGCCAGCACGACUCAAUUUCGGCGAGAGGAGUCUCCUCUGCUCUUCAUCUGUCAAUCUGCUGUCGAUCCAUUCGCCCCCAUCAUCUCUCACAGCGAUCUCCCGGGAGCGCUCAUUUGAAUGUGGAAAAGAACAGGCAAGCUGCAGCUACCGCACCUUCCGCACCUCGUGGGUCCGUGAGCGCAUCGCACCUGCCCUAGGUUCAGCCACAACUCGUCACUUCCCACCAACCUCUGAACCGUUCCACGCUGCGCAGCACCACCACACUUGUGCUUGCGCGCGUCGUCGGGCUCUGCGAAACGCUGUCUGCUGCUUGUACCACGCCGCGAAUCUACCUCCACCAAUUCAGCGCUCAGCAUUGCACGUGUGUGUCGCCGCCAGCUUGCAUCUGCCACCUGCGCCCGGGGUAGCGUUGUCUGCUCAGCUUGCAGCCUCACCAGCUUGCUGUCUUCGACUGCUGAGGCGCCGCAUUCCACCACCUCGGCCGACCCACUUGUUGCCACGCUCCCGUCGCAACGCGCGUGUCCAGGAACCAACAUCAGCCGCAAACUCCCAUCAGCCGCAGUCCAUCUCGCCUUCCACGUUUCGCGCGUCGGUGGGUAUCCAUACGGGGCACUAGAGGCAUAUCACCUUGGCCACAAUCGCAUUCACGAUUCGUACCAGCGCGCACCUCCAGCAGCUCCUCCACCUCAGCCCAAUUGCAGAGCCGGUCGCUUGGAGUGUCUGGUCCACUCAGACUACUGGUACACAGCGAGCCUGUAGGUGAACGUGCAUCGACUGCAUCGAAUAGAUCGCGGAGUAUAGAACGCGCGGAAACGGCCGCCUUACAAAACAAAAGGUCUGUCACAGCCACACCAUCGCAUCGCUCUCGCCUGUCGUAGUAGCGAUGCGUUCGCGAGACCUAGAGCUCGCCUGCCCGUCUCAGCCCACCUACUCUCCUUCAAUCAGCGC